AUGUGUGACCGAAAUGACUUCCCGUUGCGAGUCACGCACCGCCUCAAUCAACUCUCCGACGAAGUCUGGUACUGCGAGUUUUCUCACGAUGGCACGAAGCUGGUCACUGCAGGCAAGGAUCACAACGUGCUCAUAUACGACACUAGUGAUUUUGUAGUACUCCACCAUCUGAAGGAUCACCGGCACGGAGUUUCAUCUGCUAGCUGGAGUCCAGAUGACUCAAAGCUGAUUACCUGCUCUCAAGAUAAAACGGCGCGUGUAUGGAAUGUUGAGAACGGUUGUUGUCUCCUCACCAUCGAUCGGCAUUGCGAUCCUGUGACUGCCGCUGCCUGGGCUGCAGAUGGUGAUUCGUUUGUGACGGCGUCUCUCGAUUUAAGCUCGCCUCUCUGUCACUGGAGCAUUCACGGCUCGUCGCUGCACAUGUGGAAAGGCGGAUUCCGAGUACAGGAUUGCACUAUUAGCCUAGAUGGACGACGACUUGUGGCAGUGGAUACAGAUAGUGCAAAUAUCCACGUAUUCGAUUUCCGGACAUACGAGGAAGACUACUGCCUUUCUCUUCCCGGCAAGCCCACAUCUGUUGCUAUUAGCCGGAAUUCAAAGCACGUGCUUGUGAAUCUGACAGAAGGGCAGAUUCAACUCGUUGACAUGGAGGCGGCUGUUGUGGUUCAGCGUUACAUAGGUCAGGAGCAGGGCGUAUAUGUUAUCCGAAGUACAUUUGGCGGGGCAGCUGAAAAAUUUGUCGUCAGCGGCAGUGAAGAUUCCAGAGUCUAUAUCUGGCAAAAGGAAGAUGGUAACCUUGUGAAGGUUCUCAAAGGGCAUAUCGCGGGUUGUGUCAACUCAAUAUCAUGGAACCCGACAAACCCAUCAAUGUUUGCUUCAGCAGGCGAUGACUGCGCUGUGCGCAUCUGGACCAGCGAAAUAAACGACCCAGUUCAAUAA